AUGGAUUCCGCCGCCGCCAAGGUUUUGGGGCAGCCGCUGCCGUUUUCAUCGACGUGCUACUACGCGGCUGCGCCGUCGUCCAAAUCGGCCGUUGCGGUGAGUCGUAGGGCUCCGUCCAUCGGAAUUCUGUCGUCUGGAUUUUGCGACCAAAGCCAUAUGCAGUAUUACAAUUCUAAGAAUGGUAGAUCUUCAUUGUCGCCGCCUGCUGCAGCCGACACCGCUGCGGCGGCGGCGGCGAUGAGUGGGAAGGAGGCGACGAAGGAUAAUAAAGCUCCGAAGAAAAUGAUGAAGAAGAAGAAGCAGUUGAAAUUGCUGAAGGAGCUGUCCAGAGAUCUAUCCACCUUCUCUCAGAUAGGAUUCGGAUUGGACUCCAAUGGCGUUUUGGUCGAUCAAGUCGAGCGUGAUGCGAUGAAGGAAGCAGCAGAUGUUCUAAUGGAAAUGCUACAGAAGCUGAGAGCACAAGAGAAAGAACUGAAGCGGAAAGCCAAGGAAGAAAAGGCCAGGCUGAAGGCAGCUACUUCCAGGCCAUUAAUGGACUGUGAAAUGUCUUCAGGCUCAUCUUCUUCGUCCGAAUCUUCCUCCAGCGACGAAGAAUGCGGGGAGGUCAUCAACAUGAAGAACCAAAAACAGGUGGACAAAAGUACCUUACAGCAGCCAAAUAUGAUCGAAUCAAAAGCAGCAUCUCCUGCCCUGCAACCUGGUUGUUCUUCUCCAGCCAUUACCAACCUGCAAUCUGCUACUUUCCCGGAGCCGAAUCCGAAAAUAGAGGUGUGCAUGGGAGGGAAGUGCAAGAAAUCAGGAGGGGCAUUACUGCUGGAGGAGUUUCAGAAGGCUAUGGGGAUUGAAGGAGCAGUGUCAGGGUGCAAGUGCAUGGGCAAGUGCAGGGAUGGUCCUAAUGUUAAGGUUUUGAACAAUGCUCCAUCCAAUUCCAAUUCCAAUUCAUUGUGUAUUGGUGUUGGUAUAGAAGAUGUGGAAAUGAUUGUGGCAAAUUUCUUGGAGGGGAAAGGUCAGAAUCACAGUCACACUCACCUGGGCUUUGCUGCUGUUGCCACUUAGGAAACAUUCAAGCAUUUUAAUGCAACUAUAGGCAAGAGAGCUCGAGCUCCCUCAAUUGUGCGAUUCCAGCUUCUGCAUUCGGGCUGCAUAAAGAAUACUUGAAUGAGAACCACUGGACGUCGAGUGGGAAAUAAACGAAAGGAUUACAUACAUACCGGCCUUCUCCUCUUGCCGCUUCUUAGCAGCUUCAGCUCUCUGCUGUCGAACAAUGGCCAAGCGUUCUGGAAAUAGAGACAAGUUCGAUAUUGAGAUUGAUACCAAAACCUGAACCUAAAGUAAAAGAUAGGAAUACAUUAAGGACAUUCGAACCAUUACCUAAAUCUUUCCUGGCCUGAUCAGUCUUGCCUUGUUCUUGCAGCCUCAUGAACCUCUCAUGAGCCUUCUGCUUUUCUAUCACCUCCCUAAGAAGAACAAUUCAACCAAAAUGAUCACCAAAGACAGCAAUAAAAACAUAUGGAUCGAUAGUUGCAAAUUUCAAAGUGAACAAGGAAUCAAGGUAAAAGAAAUCAUUCUAGAGGAAGCACAAACCUUUCCCGCCUUGAAAGUUCAGUUGUUUUCUCUACCUGAAAAACAAAACAGCACAAAACAACGUCAAUGAUCAGCAAUCAUCUUCCAACAAGUAUUGAGUAUGUGGAAUAACUUACAUCUGCAUCGCAUGCUUUCAAGUUUUUUUGCUUCAUGAAGUUAGGAUUCUCUAUUUGUAUCACGCCUUCAAGGCCUUUUGCCUUCUGUCAAUACCAUUGAUAAAGAGAAUGCUUAUC